AGAGCCGCCUCUGUGAGGAGGCCCGUGGCAUGGAGGAGGAGCCCACUCACCUGCCGCUGGUCGUGUGCGUGGACAAGCUCACCAAGGUCUACAAGGACGACAAGAAGCUGGCCUUGAACAAGCUGAGCCUGAACCUCUACGAGAACCAGGUGGUCUCCUUCCUGGGCCACAACGGGGCGGGCAAGACCACCACCAUGUCGAUCCUGACCGGCCUGUUCCCGCCCACGUCGGGCUCGGCCACCAUCUACGGCCACGACAUCCGCACGGAGAUGGACGCCAUCCGCAAGAACCUGGGCAUGUGUCCGCAGCACAACGUGCUCUUCGACCGGCUCACGGUGGAGGAGCACCUCUGGUUCUACUCGCGACUCAAGAGCAUGGCCCAGGAGGAGAUCCGCAGAGAGACGGACAAGAUGAUCGAGGACCUGGAGCUGUCCAACAAGCGGCACUCCCUCGUGCAGACGCUGUCGGGUGGCAUGAAGCGCAAGCUCUCUGUGGCCAUCGCCUUUGUGGGCGGCUCCCGCGCCAUCAUCCUGGACGAGCCCACGGCUGGCGUGGACCCGUACGCGCGCCGGGCCAUCUGGGACCUCAUCCUGAAGUAUAAGCCGGGCCGGACCAUCCUCCUGUCCACCCACCACAUGGACGAGGCCGACCUGCUUGGGGACCGCAUCGCCAUCAUCUCCCACGGGAAGCUCAAAUGCUGCGGGUCGCCGCUCUUCCUCAAGGGCGCCUAUGGCGACGGGUACCGCCUCACGCUGGUCAAGCGGCCCGCCGAGCCUGGGGCCCCCCAAGAGCCAGGGCUGGCCUCCAGCCCCCCGGGCCGGGCCCCGCUGAGCAGCUGCUCCGAGCCCCAGGUGUCCCAGUUCAUCCGCAAGCAUGUGGCAUCCUGCCUGCUGGUCUCAGACACGAGCACAGAGCUCUCCUACAUCCUGCCCAGCGAGGCUGCCAAGAAAGGGGCCUUUGAGCGCCUCUUCCAG